AGAAACAGGAAGUAAAUACAUUUCGAUGACAACAAAACCCCGAGAAGACGUCGAAGCUGCUAGUAACCUCUUGGAAAGUUUGCUUGAUUCCAACGGUUUGCGGAGUCGAAAAUGCUCUGAAAUAUCAUCCGCCUGAUUUACUUCAUGUAGCGCAUAGAGUUGAGAGCAACUGUGUUGCUUCAUGAUGCCUUGGACCAUCCGGACAUGGUUUAAUGCUAGCGUUUUAAUCGUGACAUGUUUCUCACCGGUAGUUUUGUCAAAAGGCAGACUCAAUGUCCUUUUCAUAAUAUCAGAUGAUCUGCGACCAACAAUAGGAUGCUAUGGUGAUCCAAUUGUCAAAUCACCGAAUAUUGAUCAACUUGCUUCCAAAAGCAGUGUCUUUCAUAAUGCGUACGCCCAGCAAGCCGUGUGUGGACCCAGUAGAACCUCAUUUCUAACUAGUCGUAGACCUGACACAACCAGACUGUAUGACUUUAAUUCAUACUGGAGAGUCCAUGCCGGAAACUACACCACCCUCCCCCAGUACUUCAAGUCCCAAGGCUAUACCACAAUGUCUGUUGGGAAAGUCUUCCACCCAGGUAUCGCUUCCAAUCACUCGGAUGAUUACCCGUACAGUUGGUCUGUACCUCCGUAUCAUCCUCCCUCUUUCGCCUAUGAAAAGAGGAAGGUCUGCAGGGGGGAUGAUGGGAAGUUGCACGCCAACCUGCUGUGUGCAGUGAAUGUGACUGAGAUGCCCCUGAAGACCUUGCCCGACAUGGAGAACACGGCGGAAGCCGUGCGCUUGCUCAAGUCCGUCAAAGAGGCCGGCGGUCCCUUCUUCCUCGCCGUGGGAUACUACAAGCCUCACAUUCCUUUCAGAAUCCCACAGGAAUUCUUGGAGCUUUAUCCCUUGGAGAACAUGACGCUGGCUCCUGACCCAGACAUCCCCAGUGGUUUGCCCCCUGUGGCUUACAACCCCUGGGCAGACAUCCGGAAACGGGAAGACGUGCAGUCCCUGAACAUCAGCUUUCCCUAUGGACCAAUCCCCAAGGACUUCCAGCUGCGGAUCCGUCAGCACUAUUUCGCGGCGGUGAGCUACAUGGACGCCCAGGUGGGCAGGCUGCUGAGUGCUCUGGAUGAGCUGGGCUUGGCCGAAGACACGAUGGUGGUGUUCACCGCCGAUCAUGGCUGGUCACUGGGAGAGCAUGGAGAAUGGGCCAAAUACAGCAACUUUGAUGUGGCCACGCGUGUGCCUCUGAUUGUGCAUGUUCCCGGAUUGACAUCCGCGCCGCAGAAACCUGGGGAACAGGCCUUCCCUUUCGUAGACGUGUUCAGCCAUUCGGUCCGCAAGUUCGCUAACGGGCGCGCGGUGCGGGAGAUAGUGGAGCUGGUGGACCUGUUCCCCACGCUGUCUGAGCUGGGGGGGCUGAAGCCGCCCCCGCCCUGCCCCCGCUCCUCCUUCGGGGUCCGUCUCUGCACCGAGGGCACCAGCCUGGCCCGGAGCGUCCUCUCCCCUCAUCUCAGGCCCAACUCGGAGGCCAUCGCCUACAGCCAGUACCCCCGGCCCUCAGACACCCCCCGGGAGGACUCGGACCUCCCGUUCCUGGCCGACAUCCGCGUCAUGGGCUACUCCAUCCGCUCCUGCGACUACCGCUACACCCUGUGGGUGACCUUCGACCCCGCCAGCUUCCAGGCCAACAUGACGGACGUCCACGCGGGGGAGCUGUACCUGCUCCGGGACGACCCGGGGCAGGACCACAACGUCUACGACGACCGCGAGCACGGUCGCGUCCUGGGCAAGCUGAGCGGUCAGCACCACUGGACCAGCACUCUCACGCAGCACUUACUGUACUUCAACUCAGGGUCAAAGGCCAAAGGGCUGCUCUGAAGCAUUCUUCUUAUGCAGUGUGUGUGUGUAUGUAUACCCUGCUGAAAAAAACAGCUAGCUAGCUAGGUAGCUGGUUGACCAGUUAGACCAGCUCCAUACCCAACAAGGUUUGACCAGCUCAAGCUAUGUUUUGAAACAGUUGGUAUUUCAAGCUGAAUUUUGCACCAGGGUAAAAACCUGUUGGUAUCGUCGCAACACCUACGCUCAUGAAGCAAAUUUUAUAUAGACCUAUUUUUCUACUGUAAAAAGGGAGCCCGGGCAUUUAAUGCCUGCUUGCAUCCUUUCAUAAUGUGUAACCGCACAAUUGAAAGUAUGUUCUGCUUUGUAAUGAGGGAUUUGACGGCUGCUGUAAUAGGCCAGAGCGGAGGCUGAAUGCAAACCGGUGCAAUUUAUGGAAUAAUUGAGUGUUUAUGCUGCUGCUCCACAUUAAGGGAAACCAUAAUAAAUUAUCAAAACGGCUGACUUAAUAAAAUUGAUAUAAAAGUGGAGACCACAUCAUUUUUUGCCAGUGUUCCGCGUACAAUAGCGAAGGGUGUUCUUAUUUACAUUUCAAUUGCCGAAUAGAUCAACACCUGAAAUAGGAUGAGGUUUAACUGCCUGUCUAAACAAAGCAAUGAUGUGAUCUCAAUUGACCUCCAUAGUGUUAUGCUAUAGCAGCUAAGUAGAUGCUUAGCUUUACUGUUUGUGACCCAUCAAUACAUAUACAGUACGGAAUUAAUUUCAAGUCCAAAGCUAAAUUAGAUCUUUAAAAAUGCAACCCAUUCAUCAAUAUCAUUGAAAUAUUGGCAGAAUUUCAUGGUUUCUCUAAGCUCACAAUGGCAUGUUUUUAUGUCAGCGAGUUUUGAGUUUAUGUUCAGUCCAUAAUGUUGUUUAUAAGGUAAUAACUCAGGACCAAUUUAGGAAAUAGUUUUGUUUCUGCAUCCCAUGGCCUCUACACGUGCAGGUUUCCUCUUAAAAUUCUUGGUCUGGUUGAGCAAAGAAUUGCCAAAGCAAUUAAAUUGAUUGUCGCUGUGCGAAAACUUAGAAAUGAUGUUGCUCGGAUGCGCUUGACAAAUAAAAUUGAUGGAUGUUUGUGUCAAAUUACAAAAACGAGAGUUAUUUUGCUUAAAUUGCAGUAUUGUACUGUAAAAUCACCUUGGCUUUUUGUGUGCUUUGCGAUUAGAGAGUACCCACCCAGAGUUUAUAAUCGUUCCGUCUGUAUUUUUGGACAUCUGUUGUUGGCUCUUGUUUUUCAUUUUUGUUUUUUGGGAUUUGACACAGCCUAAUUUAUAUUAUCGACGUGACAAGUGUGUUGAAGAGGCAUUAUUUCUAAUUUGCUGUGUCCUGUAUUAAAAAAAAAAAAAUAAGAAAGAAGCUCAGUUCUGUUCCCUUGAUGCACCAGUCCUCAGCGGUUGUCAGCGUCUCUCCUGCCCUCCUGGUUUUUAAAGAUUGGUUCUUAUGAAUGCACGACGGAGCGCGUCGUGAGGACAGUCCUCUGGGACCUCAGAUGUAUUCAGCUCUAGCAGACAGCUGGGCCGGAACAUUCCGCUGCCUGGUUUUUUUUCACUGGAAAAGCGAGGUCAGGCCUGCCGGAGACCGAUCCACUGGCUGAUUGAAGCUGAUAUUUUAAUUGCUCUCUCCAAAGCAGCGUUUCGCUCACACUCUCCCAAUUCUGUCUCCGCGCUUUUAAUUCCCUUUCAACUCCGCCGAGUUCUGCAGAAAAAUUGUUUUGCAUUAAUAAUUUUUUUAUCUUCCGUUUUUUUUUAUUCUUGCUGAAAAUGAACCUGGGAGAGAGCUUGCACAAUUAUAUCUGGAGUGCCAGGUAUGAAUGCUAAUCCCACCAACAACAUGUUCUGUAUUAUGUAGUUGUCAUCGCUUCAGCUAAAUUCCUGCUCUAAUAUCUCAACUCCGGUAUUCAAUAGAACAAAAACAACAGACUGUAUAAGGUGAAAAAUAAGCACUUAGAUCCACCUUAAUUGGGUGCAAAUGAGCACAAGAGAUUUAUGACAAAUACUGCGCCAUGGUUACUAAACAACGUUUCAUGUAUUAGUAAUCCCCAAAACACAUUAUUAUGCAGUAGUGUUUUGUCAGUAUUAUGGAAAAGGGAAUGGAAAAAUAUUUGAAUGUUUGAGGAGCUUGUCUAGUCUCUAAUCAGAAGAGAGGUGAAUUUAAGUUUACUUUUUCACUGGCAAGUAACAGGUAUUUUUGUCUGCCUCGCUAGCUAGAGAGAGAGUUGUCAUGAAUGUAAAUAAAGAAAAAAGAAUGGUAAUAAAUUCUAGAAAUAAUAAAGAGCAGUACAGGGUUUACCCAUAUCCAUUUGCAAGAUGCAAAUAUUGACAAUAGCAAAUUAUUAGAAUGUGGUAGAAUAAAAAAAGAAAAUCAUAAAG